AUGCGACCCACUACGCCAACUGGAUUCCAUACUGCCCCAAAGCACGGCUUGAUCUCUCCAGACUCUCCGGACCACAGCAAGAAACGAACCAAGUCCUUCAGUGAUUUGACCAUCAAUCAGCAACCAGACAGUGAUUUGACCAUCGAUCAGCAACCAGACAGUGAGAUGCAGGAGUAUGACGUGGAGCAGAUGCAGGUGGAAAACUUUGAGAAGCAGCGUGUAGGAGAAGAGGAGCAGCAGCGUGUCGAAGACGAGGAGAAGAAGCGUGUCGAAGACGAGGAGAAGAAGCGUGUCGAAGACGAGGAGAAGAAGCGUGUCGAAGACGAGGAGAAGAAGCGUGUGGCAGACGAGGAGAAGAAGCGUGUGGCAGACGAGGAGAAGAAGCAGAAAGAGGAGUUGGAGCUUGGUUUAAUGGUCAAGGACACCCGAGCUCUGGGUGCCUGCAUCUGCAUUCCAUGCAUCCCUUCGGCGCUGCGUUUCUCAGGCGGAUACCCAGAAGACAUGACGCGCUCUGAGCAGAGGACUGUGGCACGCGUGUCGACGUACUCGAAGACUCCGAUCAAGUUCCCAUUCGAAAUGCCUGCCAUCACCUGCUACAAAGACGACAUCUUCCGUACGGUUGUUCUGGAGGAGUAUCUUAGUGAGAACACUUUCGAGCUAAAGAACUCGAACGCCGCACUCUCCUUCCGUAAGCAGCUGAAGGAACACGCUGCAGCGGUCGGACAGACGGGAGCACAAGAACUCAACACGCUUGUCAAGCAUCUCCGCGUCUUUCCCGAGGGUACGUUCGGCCAGCACGCGCAGGCCAACACGAAAUCCGUCUUUCCCAAUGCCGUAAUUGAGGUGCUCAUGCCUGUCGAUGGUGGCAAAAAGUUGUGGACCGCAAGUCCCCUCACCUAG